AUGAUCAUUCUUGUUCCGUGACUCAGCGAGCUCAGUGUUGUGUGUGAUUCUGUGAGCGUCUACCUCGUGGUGCUGGGAGAUGGUGCGUAUGUAGAGAAUUGACUCUCCUCUGACGUUUUGGUUAGACCGGAUUGAAUUUAUAUGUGCUGACAGGCUGACUCCGCCCUGCCAACAUGUGGUUCAGGCAGAACUGAGCAUAUAUGGACACUUGAGGUGGUCUUGAGGCCACAUCACUCAGUACUACAUUCGGCAGAACUCACUAAGGGCAUGUCUGCUACACUUUGGACAGGUCUGCUGCACCAAGCACCCUCAGCACCGUGGAAGAAGAGCGGCACUUUCAGAUGGAAUUUGUAAACAUGUACUGUAUAAGCAGUAUGUCUCGGAAAAAUCAAAUCAAAAGACUAUUUGCAUGAAGUAAAGAAAAUAUCCAGUAUAUGACUUGCUUGAAAAAAAAAAAAAAAAAGUAGAAGAAUGGAUGGUGCAGCUACCAGAAAAUCGGUGUCUCUAGUAUUAUAUGUCCCUGGCCUUUUGCAGAAAUGCAUAAUUAAAACUUCAGAUCUCAUGGUUGACCAGGAAGCCUCUCGUGAGGUAAUUUUUUUUUCUUUAUGCAAGAGAAGCUGGCCAAAAAAAAAAAAAAAAGUCACUUAAUUGCCAGUCCCUUUACAGAUCAACAGUCAGCUGAAGGAAAGGGACAAAUGUCUUGAAACCUCCAUCUUAAAAGAAUUCAAGUCAUAGGAAGAUGGAAAUACAGAAGCAGGUAAAUGGAGAGCAUGCUUAGCAUGGCAAUGGAGGAAGAAAACAUAAUCAUUGACAUAGAAGAUGACAGUGAUGACGAAGAUCACAACAAUGAACAGGAAAAUAAUGACAAUGAUGAAAAUGAAGAAGGCAACAACAAUGAGCAAGAAAAUUAUGAGGAUGAUGAUGGUGAAGGCAGCAAUGAUGAGGAGGUAAAUGAUGAGAAUGAUGAUGAUAAGGGCAGUAAUGAUGAGCAGGAGAAUAAUGAGAAUGGUGAUGAUGAAGAAGGCAAUGAUGAUGAUGAGGACAAUAAUGAUAAUAAUGAAGCAGAAAAUGGUUGUGAGAAUGAAAAGAAUGAGAAUAAUGUGUGUGAAGAUAACAAUAGUGAGCAGAGUGAUGCAUCAAGUAGUAAUGGAGAGACUGAGAGCAGUGAUAUAGAAGACUCACAAAGAGUGAGUGUUGAGACAAACAAUCAGCAAUACAUUGAAACCAGAGUUGAUAUGGAGUAUAUUCCACAGGCCAAGAAUGGUCCCAAUUGUGUGAAAAGAUCCUCUGCUAGUAAUGAGAUUCUCCAAAGUAGCAAUGGACAUAAAAAGCAGAAUUGUAAGAAAUGGAAAGGAAAAGGAAAAUUAACCAAUACAAAUGAUGGAGUGAAAGUACAAGAGCCAUAUCAUAAACAAGGUCAUAAAGCAUAUAACAAGAGUGGUGCUUGCCGAAAAGAUGUAGCCAAUGUUAAAAGUCUUCCCAACACUAAGUCCGCUGAUGCUACUGGUGGAAGUUUAAAAAAUGUGAACAGUUCAUUACAACAGAAUGAUUCUAACUCAAAAGGUAAAAGCAUUAACAAAGGUGGUAACAGUCAAGUCUGGAAGAACACAAACAGUAGUAAUUCUAACAAAAACAGCAGUAGUAACAGUAACAAAAGUUCAAGUGGAAGUGAUAACAAAUAUGGAAACAGUAAUGAGAGCAACAAUAAAGGAAAAGUUAAUCCAAAUAAUAACACCUUCAACAAUAACAAUAACAAAAAUAAUAACAAUGGCAACAACAAUAAUAACAAGAAUCAGAACAACAACAGUAAUAACAAGAACAACAGUAAUAAUAACAACAAGAACCAGAACAACAACAACAACAAAAACAACAAUAACAAUAAGCAAAAGGGUGAGCAGCCUCUCAGAAACUUACUUAAGGAAAUCAAAGAAGUUAUGGACAGCAUCCUUAAGAAGAAGUUUUCCAUAUAUCCCUUGGACAGUUCCAUACUCAAGCUUCAUUACAGACUUACAGUGCUGUUGUUUGUGGUACUGUACACAAUGAUACAGGCCUGUUGGAUAUGGAAGGAAUCAAUCUUCUGUGUUUAUGGCAAUAAUGCUGAUGCUACAGUCUCAUACUAUAUCAAGAACUUUUGCCUGACAUAUCCAUUUGUAUAUGAAAUUAUGUUUCAGGAUCAGCCUGAUGGUCAGAAUCAACGGCGCUACAUCUUAUUCUAUCGCUGGACACACCUCUCAUUUUUGUUCCUCUCAUCUUUGUUUUACAUUCCACGUGUAUUUGUCAAGUUCUUCAAUAACCCUCGCGUCAAGCAGCUUCUUCAUGACCUGGCUCGUGGAGAACAUCAAUAUGAUACCUCAAAGUUGGAGCAAGAUACUAACAUGAUGGUACAAUAUAUGAACAAUCAUGCCUCCACUCAUGGUUAUCUUUACUUCUGGCUCAUAAUCUGUCACAUGGUGGCCUUGGUUAUUGAUUUAGCAGUUGUUUUGUAUUUUGACUACGUGCUUCAGGGACACUUCAGAAAUCUGGUGUAUUCUGCGUAUCCCCUUUACAGAGACCCACAGUUUUUUACAGAUUAUUUAUCACGUAUGUUUCCUCCAUUUGUGAGAUGUAGACUUGAAAAACAGAUACUGAUUAAUAAUGAACGAGAGGAAGAGCUCAGCUGCCACCUCCUUUUGAUGGAUGUAUAUGAUAAAAUGUUUGUUGUGAUAUGGCUGUGGUUAGUGUUCCUAAUUUUUUGUACAACCAUUAAAGUACUUGCUCUUUUCGUAUUGGUAAUACCUCCCUUCAACCGAUUGUUCCUGAAUAUACAGACUGAUUCAAAACAUAUGAAAAAAAUUAGAAAUAAGAUUGUAAAGAAAUACUGUGCUACUGACUUGUUUGUUCUUUACCUGAUGAAGUGCCACAGAAGUGAAUCUCAGUUUUGUAUGUUAUUGUCAGAACUUAUCCAUUCUGAAGAAUCUUCCGAUAUGUUAUUGGCAUUAAGUAAGAAAAAGAGUAAAGUCAGCUUUAAAGAUGAAAUGAUGUCAAAGACUGGUCACUUGCAGGAAUCACCACCAAGCUCACAAGAGGAACAGUGGUCUACAAAGAAAACACUCCAUUAUAGCCCAAUAUUACCACAUGAUGAGAUGUUACGUAGUCGCAGAGUUAACAGCUCAACUCCUUGUCCUGAUUAUGAUGCUGAUAUUUCCUUCCCCAGAAACUUUAUGAAAAACGAAUAUAAAGUGUAGGACGUGUGUGU